AUGCAGGCCGAUAAUGUUGAAGUCUUUGAAGUGGCAAAGGGCUUCCUCUCCCUGGUAGCCAAAGAAAAUAUCCUGGCAGGAUCGUUUCUAGCUGAUGUCUGGGGACCAGUGGUGAGUCAAGCCACGCCCUACACCAUUCAAGUGGAUGUCAAUAAACACGUGGAUCCUGUUGGCCCGUUAAAACGCACUAACCACUCCUGCUAUCCAAACGCCAAGUUCGUUUAUGAACCACGCCUGAAGGAGGAUGAAAUCAUGGGCUUCGAUAAAAACCACAAAAUCUUUUGGCAACUGGUGGCCACUCGUGACAUUAAGAAAGGAGAGGAUAUAACUUUUGAUUACACCACUACUGAGUACGAGAUGGCGCGAGCUUUCAAAUGUCUCUGUGGAGUCGCAAAUUGUUUGGGUGAAGUUAAAGGCUUCAAGUUCUUAUCACCCAAGGAAAAGGUUCGCAGAGAAAAGGAAUUAUCUCCAGUGAUGAGAAAACUGCACUAUAAUUUAAUGUCACCUGCGUAAAGAGUUCUUGGCAUUUCAAAACGUCAAGAUAGAAACGUAGUAAAAUCAAACUAGUGUUCUAUUAUCAAUGCUGUGUUCUGAUUGGUUGAGCUACUACUGGGCUGUAUGUUAUAGCCCCCUAGUAGCGAAAAGCGCAGGCUUUUUGGCGGCAAAAAAGGAUUAAAGUCUAGCUUUAACUAGCUUUAACUAGCUUUAAUUAGCCUUCUGCCUCAUGGGCGGUUGACUCAGAGCCCAUUCGGGCUCGAGGAAUAAUUGUUAAUUAGCUAACAUUUGCAAAUAUCUAAUGAGAGUUGCAGAAAGUCUAAAUGUAAUAAACAGUUGGCCCAUGUAAUAAACUCUUAAGAGUGAUAGCAUUAGGCAUGAAAUGCAGUGACGUCAUACUAACGCAUCAAUGACGCAAGUAACACGUCAUUAACCAGCUACCUGGUUAUGACAAUGGCGGUGUGAUCUCUCGCGCCAUCUGUCAAAUUGGCAUAUAUUUUGAAGCCUUGGACUUGUUAAUGAACGGGAUCUAGUCUAGAUUGAUCAACCAGGUUACAAUAAAAAAUCUAUACGAAUCUCCAAAACAUGCUUUUCAAGACAGUUUCUGGAGGCCAUUUCUUAAGUGAGUCAUUAUCGACCUGAAACUUUUAUGGUUCACAUAUAAGCAGGGAACGUCUUGAAACGCAGCUUACUAUUUUGAAAAAGCAUGCUCAAGAAAGUUCCAUAGCCUCUGUGUCAUCCAUGAUAGAAUUUCUUAAUGCAAAUGGCGUUGCUUCAAUCAGUGAGACUGCAACAGUUUUAGUGAAACUGAUAUUAGUUAUGCCUGCCACAAAUGCUUUGAGUAAAAGCUCUUACAGUGCCUCAAGAAGAAUCAAGAAUUACCUUAGGUCUACCAUGACGCAAAAAGAAUGAACAACCUCAUGCUGAUAUUUCUAACGACUUUUACACCGGAAACUCUCACAGGUUGUCAAAAUAGUCCAGUUUCGAGUUCCAUAUGACCGCUGAAUUACAGAAGUGAAGACGCAUUUUUUACAGGCUUAGCCUCCAUCUGAAGUAGUGUAUUCACAAAUUCCAACGAGACAAAGACCUGUUUAUUACUCUAUCUAUUGUUUAAAUUCAAAUUUCAAACACUUACUUGCCGGAAUUUCUGAAUAUUUUACUUUAUGUCGAGGAUAUAAACUCUGUGAGAAUGUGUCGUUAAUGUUUGUAUUUAGCGGUGAUUUUUAAUUCGAAACUAGACUAUUUGGACACUUUUCAGAAGUAGACCUAUGUUGAACAUUUAGCUAAUUGAUUAGUACUGAUGAAAACCACUAUAUUUACAAUUUAACUGCAGUUAAACUGGUUUGUAUAGAUUCCAUAGCCUCCACUGUCCCAAUAAUAUGGUACUUUUGAGUAGACACUCGGUGGACACAUCGGUCCCUUCUUUCCUAUCGUCUGGUACAGCCUGUCUAUAAUAUCUGUUUUAUGCUUCGGGUAAAAUUAAAUGUCGUCAUUUCAGGGGCAUCCAACGUCAAUUUUCGGAAAAUAUCUGUUCGGAAGACGAUUUGAGAUAUAGAAUUUUCGGCGCAGUUGUUGUAAUAUUUCAUGCUUGCCUGCCUCUCCUAGGAUUUUCGAACAUCUAAAAAUUGUUAUAAUUGCCCAUUUUUAACGAAUUUUUACCCUAAAAAGGUCUCCUAGAAUUUUUUUUCUAGCUGAAAUUUUCGAAAAAGUAAGUUUUGAUCCCUAUAAUAUUCGGAUCAUUAGACUUUCAGCUAGGAAAUCCGAACAGAUGAAAAAUUUUUAGGGGAUAAAAAUAUGCCUAUAUCUACCGUUUAAAUACUAAAAUACGUUUAACAAUGCUGUGUUUAAGUGGUUUUGAACUAUAUUCUCGUUGGGUGCCCCUGUCAUUUCAGACUAGGUAUUCAAAUGUUAGGUCCCAGUUUAAAAAUAAGUCGCUGUUUGAAAUAAGUGUUGACCCCUCCGGUCCUCCCAUGCCAAGCCCCUUAUCACGCCCUAGACCAACCCUGUUUACGCCUGAUUCACGUGGACACAACCUGUUCCUAUUGAAUGUUAGAGUAUUGGUUUCGCAUAAUCAGCUGAUACAAUAAGCCAGUAAAAUCACAUCCCUCGAUAUUUCUCCGAGUUGAGCCUUUACUUUAAGCCGGUGAUCAUCUUGAUUGAAGGUUGAUAAGUGUAUUUCAAAGCACUAAAAUACGAAAAGGUAAGCGAAAAAAAACUCUUUUUGUCUCAGUCUCCGGCUUCUAAGAAUGUUGUAACGCGCGUCGGGUGGUUGAGCCAGAGCAAACCGGUCAUGUUCUUUUCGCAUCUUCGUCGAAUGCACAGUUUUCUAAAUAUGGUACUUGUAUCGAUGGAUGGAGGACAAAAGUUGGCCUAACUUUGCAACCGGGACUGUAGUUUAACGAGUUAGAUUCUAUACAAAUUUUACGUUAAAUAUAGCAUAGAAUAUAAGCUUGUUGAAUAACCGGUAGUCAAUCCGGUUUUACCGUCUGUUACGUAACUUGGCCGAAGUUGCAUGUACGAUGUACUGAACGAGUUUGACUAAAUGUGGCAUGGUAAACCCAGGCAAUAACACGUAAAAGAUCUAGAAUGUGGACGGUUUUAGAAACGUCCAAAAACGUUGCGUGCAGAGCAGAUAACGGGUACAAAAGGGCUCUGGUUUAUUGAAAAUGUACCAAUGAGCAUUAAACAACAGAUCAGACUUAAACAGUAAACACGAUCUCAUGGGAAAUGACAGUUUAAAGCGGCCAAUGGCCAACACUUUAACUUAUGGCCUAAAAUCGUGGCGGUUUGCGGUACCAAAACUCUGGAAUUUAAUACCCGACUCAUCGAUCAUACAGAACUACUAUACCCGUCUAUCGCACUGUAUAAUCUGUAUAACUUUCAUGUUAUUUGUGAAAUUCAUUCUGAAAUUCUCUAGUUCUACAUUUUAUCAUUUUAAUUAGUUAUUUUGUGUAUAUUUUAGUUAUUUUUUAAUUCUUACUUUCAUGUUUAAUACCUGUAAAGUAGCUAAUGCGUGGUCUCACAAAAGCUACGCGUACAUGCAGAAUAUCGUAUCUGGUCGUUGACCCACGGUCUAAUACAAAGAUCUUUGAUCUUGUGAACAUCUUUGUAUAUAACAGGAGAUUCUUGUUAUCACGAUUAUCAUGCUUAGAUUCUUAAGGAACUCCUUAUUUUCAUAGAAGAACUCUUCGGAAGGCGAAAUGUGACUGCAAAAAAUGCCUGAUGAGUAACGCACGCAGAAAUGUGUUUUAAUCUGGCUCUCAAUUGUCCACUAUGCAAAUGUUUUCAUCUUAAGUAGAAAACUAUUUGCAUUUUUAGCCCUGUUGAUGUUUGUACUUAACGCUUUUACGCGUUCCUUGCUCGGUCAAAAGUUUUUCGAAUACAAAAAAUUCCCAGUUUUUCACUCCUACUUCUCAGUGUUGCCUCUUGCUACCUCUUGUGUAACAGUCUAUCGGCAUUAGCACGAAAAUCACGAUUUUUAGUUGGCCGCCACGCAUAAACCGGUUUGACCAGCUCCACCAACGUAUAAUAUAACAAUUUUAAAUGGCGUAGGAACGGGGGGGGGGAAGCGAGGAGUGGGAGGGGGUAAAGUUCCGCUUCGCCUAUUUCCAGUGGUAUCCCCUGUAUUGUAUUUUAAACUCCCAGAUGCCUUGCUUGUUUUCAAUUUAAUUCAAUUCAAUCAACUUUAUUUAAACAUGGUAAAUGGCUCAGCAAGCUGGUUUUCAGACAUAUCGUGCCGUGUUUUGCGGGAAAAUUGGUCAUAAAACUGAGUAGUCUUGUUCCUUUUUUAACCAUAUUAACGGAACCUCUCGUAUAGUAACCUGAGAUCAGGCCCAAUUUUAGCGAUUCUAAUGCUCAUUCUCUCUACCGCUAAAAUUGGGGCUCUCUUUUCGUUGCGCCUUGCCCGCCGGAAUGUUAUUUACAAAGCGAAACGAAAAUUGAGCCUGAUCUCAGGUUAUGAGCCUAAGUUAAGUUCGACAAAGGCUCGACAGACUCUGUCGAACUUUUGCCGUACCAAACGCUGUUGCCGCACUGCUGUACCAAAUUGAUUCAGACGUCGCUCUUUUGCCGUACUUAAUUCAUCAGUUAGGUUCGGCACGAGUGGAGCGGCGUCUGAACCAGGCCUAAGAAAUGCACAAAAAAGCAUGCUGCACUUUGUUUCGCCAAUAUAAACCUAUUGCUUUUUGCCGUUCUGAAGUCGCUGUCGCCGGUGCCGUUGGUUAAGCCCUCUAAUCCAAUAAUGAACGGUACAGCACCUGUUACGAAAUCUAAAUAUUCUAAUUAAAUCAGUAAAAGUACUGAUCCGGAGUAAGGUUUGAAAGUUGGUUGUUAAAAACAAUCACACGUCGGGUGUUUUCAUAAGUCAAGUGCUGAAAACUAAAAAAGAAGCAUCCUUUAUAUGGUGAGUGAAAAACGUCGCUUCAUAAAAUUUGUUCCUGUUUGGCCUAGCUACUUCUAAGUUAGGGAAAAACGACGGUGUAGACUUAAGUCUGUUAAAGGGGACGGCAAGGAGAGUCCGACAUGGAAGCCGAGGCUGUAUUUCUAUGCACCUGGACCCCUGAUAAGGGCAAAGUCGUUUCUUUUCAAUUAAAAGUCGGCCCCAAAUGAGCCAUCACUUUUUUAUCGAUUCUAACUUUUACUCAGAAAACUCUUAAAUGUUGUGGAUUGUCUGCAGCGGGUUGUUUUCAGUCAUUACAUUCACUGAAACAUCAAGGGCCAGCAAGAAGUCUUAUUUGCAUACACUCCGCCCUACACGACAAUACACCUCACACACGUAACCAGACUAUAAUAGCAGUGUACAGCUAUAUUGAAAGACUCUUGUAGAUAUCAAAGGCGAUGGAAAAAUGGCGGAAAACGUCGUUCGAAAAGUGUUCGAACAACAAAACCUGUGCGAAGUAAAACCUGAUAAUACGCAGAUAACUGCCUCAGCCGAGGUUCUUAUCCCUGUAUUGGUGGUUUUCACUUUCAUGCCAUCGAAAACUAAAAUCAAAACCGUCUAAAGCCAAGAAUUUCAAAUAUUAUAGAAUAUCGAUAAAUUAGCAACCUGGAGAAGUCUAACGUCUGUGCAGUUUUCUGCUGCUGAGUUGUUCUUCAAAAUGUGUAAAUGUGUAAAUGCGACUCUUCCCGUGUAAUAUCACCUUCGGCAUUACACGAUUUUAUAUUUUGUUUGAACAAACUAUAAAUGUUAUCUAUAGCUUCGCUUUUAUUAAUUAUCCUAAAAAACUGUCUCAAAAUUAAGUAGAAGAUAUCACCUUUUACGAAUUGAAAAUCUACGAAGGUAUUUUAAUGUCAUUUGCAGAUGCAGGCCGAUAAUGUGGAAGUCGUUGAAGUGACAAAGGGUUUCCUGUCCCUGGUAGCAAAAGAAAAUAUCCUGGCAGGAUCGUUUCUAGCUGAUGUCUGGGGACCAGUGGUGAGUCAGGCCACACCCUACACUAUUCAAGUGGAUGUCAAUAAACACGUGGAUCCUGUUGGCCCGUUAAAACGCACUAACCAUUCCUGCAAUCCAAAUGCCAAGUUCGUUUAUGAACCACGCCUGAAGGAGGAUGAAAUCAUGGGCUUUGAUAAAGACCACAAAAUCUUUUGGCAUCUGGUGGCCACACGUGACAUCAAGAAAGGAGAGGAUAUAACUUUUGAUUACACGACUACUGAGUACGAGAUGGCGGGGGUUUUCAACUGUCUCUGCGGAAUGGAAAAUUGUUUGGGUGAAGUUAAAGGCUUCAAGUUCUUAUCAGCAGAGGAGAAGGUCCAAAGGGAGAAAGAAUUAUCUCCAGUGAUGAGAAAACUUUCAAAUAGUCUUAUUUGA